UGCCUGAAGCAGGUCCACCAUGCCGUUAGUAACGAGGAACAUUGAGCCAAGGCACCUGUGCCGUCAGACGUUGCCUAGCGUUCCGAGCGAGCUGGAAUGCGUGACCAACAUCACCCUGGCAAAUGUCAUUCGACAGCUGGGCAGCCUGAGUAAAUCUGCAGAAGACAUAUUUGGAGAGUUGUUUACUCAAGCCAACACCUUUGCCUCUCGGGUGAAUAUUCUCGUGGAGAGAGUUGACCGCUUGCAAGUCAAAGUCACUCAGCUGGAUCCCAAAGAGGAGGAAGUCUCCUUGCAAGGCAUUAACACCAGGAAAGCCUUCAAAAGCUCCACCACUCAGGACCAGAAGCUCUUUGACAGAGAUUCUCUCCCUGUGCCUGUCCUCGAAACCUACAGGAGCUGCAAUACCCCUCCACCUCUCAACAUCCUCUCACCUUACAGGGACGAUGGCAAAGAGGCACUUAAAUUCUACACAGAUCCUUCGUAUUUCUUCGACCUUUGGAGGGAGAAAAUGCUUCAGGACACCAAGGAUAUCAUGAAGGAAAAGCGGAAACAUAGGAAAGAGAAAAAGGAGAAUCCGAACCGAGGGAAUGUGAAUCCACGGAAAAUCAAAACCCGGAAAGAGGAAUGGGAGAAGCUGAAAAUGGGGCAGGAAUUUGUCGAGUCAAAGGACAAGCAUGGUCCUGCUGGGUACCCUUCGAACGUGGUGUAUCAGAACGGCAGCAUCGGCUCCAGCGAGAGCACGGAUGGGAGCUGCUACCCUCCACCACCACAGACUGACUCCAUUGUGCCACCACCUCCCUCAUUCCCAGAUGACAGCCUGCCUCCACCCCCGGUGGAAUUUAGCUAUCCUGUAGACAACCAAAGAGGUUCUGGUUCUGGAGGGCCCAAACGAUCCAGCCUGGUUAGCCCGAGCCACCCACCACCAGCUCCUCCCAUCGGAUCCCCCUCGGCAGCCAGGCCGGGCUUUGCUCCCCCUCCUGCUCCUCCUCCUCCACCACCACUGAUGGAGAACACCCCCCCUCCACCGCCUCCCUUGGGCUUCCCCUCCCCGGGCACCCCCCCGCCACCCUCACCCCCUUCCUUCCCCCCUCACCCCGAGUUUGCUGCCCCUCCACCUCCCCCACCUCCCCCAGCUGUUGACUAUUCCAGUGUUCUCCCAGCUCCGGGCACUGGGAUUGCGCCGCCCCCGCCGCCCCCCCCGCCCCCUCCAGGCCCCCCACCCCUGGUUUCCAGCGGCCUGGAAGGACCCCCACCCCCUCCUCCACCCUCCGACACCUCCUCGUCCAAGCCCAAGUCGUCCUUGCCUGCAGUUAGCGAUGCCAGGAGCGAUCUGCUUUCGGCUAUUCGGCAAGGCUUCCAGCUGCGCAAGGUGGAGGAGCAGCGGGAGCAGGAGAAGCGGGACGUGGUGGGCAAUGACGUGGCCACCAUCCUGUCACGCCGCAUCGCCGUGGAGUACAGCGACUCCGAGGACGACUCGUCCGAGUUCGAUGAGGACGAGUGGUCGGAUUAG